ACAAAUUUUGACUGUCACUCAUGUCUUGCAAGCGACGACUGAAUGGGAAACAACCAUCACCUGAAGAGGUGAAGCGCUUGAAAGGUGAGUGUCAACACGAACUGGUGGAGAUAGUUGACAAACUUGCGAGAGAAAGAGGUGCUGUUGCUGAGAUUGGCAGAGCAAGAGCGCUCCAGUACCUUUUGCUUUCGUCUGAUGUGGACGACUUUGACUCACAAACUCUGUCUCAAAAAUUAAACACUGGCUGCCUACGGGCCCUUCACCAAGUCAGCGUUGAAGGAAUACCUCCACUUCCGCCGAACGUUUGCAUAGCACCCAAGAAGGCUAAGAAGGCUCCUGGUCCCAAUGUGACAGAAAAGGUGAACUUAGAUGGGAGGAGACAGUGGAUGACAAAAUUCAUGUGGUCAGAUCUCAAGGUGGAAUCGGCAUGGUGCGGGAACUUGUCCUUGGUGGAGGAGUGGCGCAAUACCAUUUCAGAUCUCCGAAGAAAAGCUCAGCUUCGGCAAAAUGGAGAUGAGGAUGCUUGCCCUUUGACCCUGGAAGAACUUGCUGAGGCCGCUCGCAUUUGA